AUGGCGCCCCCAUCCUCAUCCUCGAAUCCUCCCCCUCCGCCUCCCGCUCCGACAACGACCACAGCGCUCACCAAGCGCUCCCGCGACACCGCCCUCAUGCCGCCACCACCCCAGCAGCCGCUCGCGAAGCGCAUAAAGCGCCCGCCCAAGAUCCUCGAUGAAGACACGUACACGGGCACCCUCGACCACAUCGUCGCGCGCGACUUCUACCCGGGCCUGCUGGAGAUGCGCGCGCAGCGCGAGUACCUGGCCGCCGUCGACAGCAACGACAAGGCGUGGCAGCGCGACGCCGGGCGGAACCUGGAGCGCAUUAUGACGCCCGGCCCGGACGGACGGCGGCGAUUCGGGCGGAGGGGCGUCAGCAUGACACCGGUGGCGACGACGCCGCGGCUGGUAGGGAGAGCAGGUGAGACGCCGCGGGGGUGGGGUGGGGAGACGCCGCAGACGCCGGCGACGGUGAGGGGAGGAGGGAAGGAGGAGACGGAGGAGGAGAGGCUGGCGCGCGAGGAGGAAGAGCGCAGGGAGCGCGAGCACGAGGAGAUGCGCGGACUGAGCUUGAAUGCGUUCCAGGCCAAGUACACGUCCGAGGACAACGAGAGCUUCAACGCGCUGCUGGACCGCCAGAACGCCAAGCGCGCCGAGAAGUACGCCUUCCUGUGGCAGGGCAACAAGAUCGCGACGGGCCGCCAGAUAGCGUGGCGCGAGCGCGAGGCGAAGCUGCUCAAGGCGGAGGAGGAGGAUAAGGAGGGAGGAGGAGUAGGACACAUCCGCAACAACGACCGCGCCCUCGUGCGCCGCGACCCGGAGCGCGAACGCGACGCAGAUACGCGCAAGGCCAUGCCCGACCACCGUCCCGCCGCGCCCCGCAACUCGCUCAUGUUCAACCCGGACUCGAUCGAAGACACGCACGAGACCGUCGCGCAGGCCGCCCAGGCCGCCUCGACCGCCCCGCCGAAAGCCAUCAUCUACAACAACACGCGCCUGCCUGCCCCCGCUGCUGCUACUGGUACAGAUCCGGAGAACAGCGUGCCCCCCUCGCCAUCCCUCUCCGCCGUCAACGACGCCAUCCGCGGUCGUCCCCGGCCGACCGACUCGGAGGUUGGCAGCGCCGCCGCGUACUCGGGCAGCGAGACCCCCCGCGUCAACGGCUACGCCUUCGUCGACGAGGAUGAUGAUCCGGAACCCGAGCCAGACCACUCGCUGCUCCAGCGCCUCGGCAUCACCGCCGGCGACGACGGCGGCCGGCCGAACCCCUUCUCCAUCCGCCAGGCCAGCAAGCGCGAGGAGCUCCACCACCGGCUCGUCGACAAGAGCGCGAAGGCGAAGAGAGAAGGUAGUGGUGGUGGAAUUGGAAGGAUCGCGGCGUUGAAGGGCGAGGCAAGCAGUGGGAAGACGCCGACGCCUAAGUUUGCGAGCAGUCCGGUCAUUACAAGGAAAGCUGGCGGUGGCGCGGGCAGUUUGACGCCUGCGGCGCAGCGGCUGUUUGCGAGGGUGGGCGGUACACCCAAGCGGGAUGGGUUGGCUGGGUUCGCUGCGUUUGGGGGAAGUAACAGUGGUGGGACGCCGUUGAGGAGGGAGAACAGGGAGAGGGUGCGGUGGACGCCGACGCCGAAGGUGAAGAGGUCGAUGGGUUGA